AUCAAUUAUUUUGUGUGAUCAUUGGGCUACCUACAUUAUAUGCAGUUCCACUGCCAACCAUUCAAAAAACAGCACAGUACUGUUAUCCAUUCAUUCUUGAUGGUACAUCUUAAUUUUCUUCAAAAUUCAGCUAUAUCAUUAUCAGCUCUACAAGUUCAUUUGCUUUAAUUAUACAAAUAAGAACAUGGCUGCAGCUUUGGUGGGAGGUGCUUUUCUCUCUGCAACGAUUCAAACCUUAGUUGAGAAACUUGCUUCUAAAGAGUUUAUUGAUUACAUCACAAACACCAAGAUAAAUAUCUCACUCUUGAGGCAGUUACAAACAAUAUUACUCACUCUUCAGGCUGUGCUGGAUGAUGCUGAACACAAGCAGAUCAACAACCUUGCUGUCAAACAAUGGCUUGAUGACUUGAAAGAUACAGUCUUUGAUGCUGAGGAUUUGCUCAACCAAAUUACCUAUGAUUCUCUGAGAUCCAAGAUUGAGAAUACACAAGCUUCAAACAAAACUCAUCAGGUGUGGAACUUCCUUUCAUCUCCUUUUAAAAACUUGUACGGAGAGAUCAAUUCCCAAAUGAAGAUCAUGUGUGAAAACCUACAACUUUUUGCACAGCAUAAAGAUAUACACUGUUUGCAAACUCAGAGUUCUAGAGUUUCUCAUAGAACACCUUCAAGUUCAAGGGUUAAUGAAUCUUUCAUGGUGGGUAGGAAUGAUGAGAAGGAAAGACUAAUCAGUACGCUGAUAUCAGACAGUGGCACCAGCAGGCAUAAUAAUUUAGGCGUUGUUGCAAUUUUGGGAAUGGGAGGUGUCGGUAAAACGACCCUCGCACAACUUGUUUACAAUGAUAUAAAAGUUGAACAACAUUUUGAUCUCAAAGCAUGGAUUUGUGUAUCCGAGGAUUUCAAUGUUGUCAGAAUAACAAAGUCUCUCCUUGAAUGUGUUAGAAAUACAACAUCCGUUCAUUCAAAUGUACGGGAAAGUGAUAGUCUUGACAUUCUUCAAGUUGAAUUGAUGAAACAUUUGAUGAAUAAAAGAUUUUUGUUUGUGUUGGACGACAUAUGGAAUGACAGUUAUAUUGAUUGGGAUGAGUUGAUAACACCCUUGACUAAUCGAGAAGCUGGAAGCAAGGUGAUCAUAACAACACGUGAACAAAAAGUUGCAGAGGUCGCACGCACAUUUCCAAUUCAGAAAUUAGAACCUCUUUCCGAUGAAGACUGUUGGUCUUUACUCUCAAAGCAUGCAUUUGGCAUUGAAAACCACGUUCGCAAUAAACACCAAAACCUAGAAGAAAUUAGCAGGAAGAUUGCUAGAAAAUGUGGUGGAUUGCCAAUAGCUGCCAAAACACUUGGAGGACUUAUGCGUUCAAAGGUGGCUGAAAAGGAGUGGACUUCAAUUCUGAACAGCGACAUAUGGAACUUACGAAAUGAUGCAAUUUUGCCUGCUCUGCAUUUGAGUUAUCAAUAUCUUCCUUCUCAUUUGAAAAGAUGUUUUGCUUAUUGUUCUAUUUUUCCAAAGGAUUACCCACUUGAUAGGAAAAAAUUGGUUUUGUUAUGGAUGGCUGAAGGCUUCUUUGAUUAUUUUCAAGGCGAAAAAGCGGCAGAGGAAGUCGGCGAUGAUUGUUUUUCUGAAUUGUUAUCUAGAUCAUUAAUUCAACAAAUAAAUGAUGAUGCUCGUGGAGAAAAGUUUGUCAUGCAUGAUCUUGUUAACGAUUUAGCUUCAUUCGUAUCAGGAAAAAGUUGUUGUAGGCUUGAAAGUGGAUACAUCUCUAAAAAUGUUCGCCAUUUGUCAUAUAACCAAGAAGAGUAUGACAUUUUCAUGAAGUUUGAGAAUUUCUACAAUUUCAAAUGCUUGCGGAGCUUCCUACCCAUUUACUUCUUACCCAAUUACUUAUGGAGAGCACAAAACUACUUAUCCCUCAAGGUGGUUGAUGAUUUAAUUCCCACACUCAAAAGGUUGCGCAUGUUAUCGCUAUCAACUUAUAGAAACAUCACGAAGUUGCCAGAUUCGAUUGGCAAUUUGGUGCAGUUGCGGUAUCUGGAUCUCUCCUUCACAAGAAUCAAAAGCUUGCCUGAUACUACAUGUAACCUUUACAAUUUGCAAACCUUGCUUUUAUUUGGUUGUUGUGAUCUCACUGAAUUGCCACCGAAAAUGGGAAAUUUAAUAAAUUUACGCCAUCUUGAUAUAAGUGGGACUGAUAUAAAGGUGUUGCCCACAGAAAUUGGUGGACUAGAAAACCUUCAAACUCUAACUGUUUUUGUAGUGGGGAAGGGACAAAUAGGGUUAGGUAUCAAAGAGCUUAAGAAAUUCUCACACCUACAAGGAAAACUUACCAUCAAGAACCUGCAUAAUGUCAUUGAUGCCAAGGAUGCACACUAUGCCAACCUGAAAAACAAAGAGCGGAUUGAAGAGUUAGAACUGCAAUGGGGAAAACAUAGUGAAGACUCACUGAAUGUGAAAGUUGUACUUGAUAUGUUGCAACCGCCAAUGAAACUGAAGAGCCUUAAAAUUGACUUGUAUGGUGGGACAAGCUUUCCGAGAUGGUUGGGAGAUUCUUCAUUUUCUAACAUGGUGUCCCUUUGCAUCAGUAAUUGUGAAUAUUGUGUGACACUUCCAUCGCUGGGGCAGCUACCUUCUCUCAAAGACCUUGAAAUAUUUGGUAUGAAAAUGUUAGAGACAAUUGGUCUAGAAUUCUACUGUGUCCAGGCAAGAGAAUGUUCCAAUUCUUCUUUCCAGCCAUUCCCAUCCCUUGAAUGUAUUAAAAUUCAUGACAUGCCAAACUUGAAGGUAUGGCUUCCCUUUGAAGGAAACAAUUUUGCUUUUCCUCGUCUUAGAACUUUGAAGUUAUAUGCUUGUCAUGAACUUAGGAGACAUUUGCCAAGUCAACUUUCUUCGAUAGAAGAAAUUGAAAUAAAAGGAUGUCCUCGUCUAUUGGAAACACCACCUACAUUGCAUUGGCUAUCAUCAAUAAAGAUAAUGAAAAUAAAAAGAUAUUCAGAUUCCCAACGGACGUUGCUUGAGAGUGAUUCUCCAUGUCUUCUACAACAUGUAAGGAUCAAUUGCUUUUACGGUAUAUUUUCUUUGCCUAAAAUGAUUCUGAGCAGUACUUGUCUUCAACACUUGGAACUCUAUACUAUUCAGACUCCCUUAGCAUUUCCGAUAAAUGGCCUACCCACUUCGUUGCGGUCACUUGAUAUUGUUAGAUGUAGGAGGUUGACAUUCAUGCCUGCUGAAACGUGGAGCAAUUACACAUCACUUGAGAGUUUGUGGUUACGUAGUAGUUGUAAUGCACUUAAAUCAUUCACACUUAAUGGUUUCCCUGCCCUCCAGAGACUUAACAUUAUUGAUUGUACGAACCUAGAUUCCAUUUGUAUGUUAGAAAGUCCUUCACACCAUCCUUCAAGCCUCCGAUCACUUACAAUCAUAUGCCAUGACUCAAUUGAAUCACUUAAAGUCAAUCUUCGGAUGGACACGCUCACUGCUCUUGAAGAGCUGUCUCUUCAAUGUGCAAAGUUGUCAUUUCGUGAAGUUGUUUGCCUACCUCCCAAAUUACAAACACUUAAGAUUCGGUCCCAAAGAACAACUCCGCCUGAAACGGAAUGGGGUCUCCAAGGCCUCACUUCUCUUUCAAGCUUGAGUAUUGGAGGUUGUGACGAUAUUGUUAACACCUUGUUAAAGAAGUCGCUGCUACCCACCUCCAUUGUGUCUCUCACUAUCACGUAUCUCUAUGAAAUGAAGUCCUUUGAAGGAAAUGGGCUACAGCACUUCUCCUCUCUCGAAAAUCUCCACUUUCGUAACUGUCAACAGCUUGUUUCGAUUUCAGAAAACUGUCUCCCUUUGUCGCUAAAAUAUCUUCAAUUAUGGAGUUGUGAAAGACUUGAAACAUUACCAGAAGAAAGCUUCCCUGACUCUCUUAAGCGGCUGGUCAUUUGUCAAUGUCCUGUAUUACAAGAAAGGUAUAAAAGGCAGGAGCAUUGGUCCAAAAUCACCCACAUCCCUGUCAUACAAAUAGAAGCCCAAGUCACAAUAUGAGCCAUGGUAAAGUAAGAGCGAGACUAGAGCUGCAUUCUCAUCUUAGGUAAUCAAAAAUCAUUUCUCAUUUGUACAUGUUCAUUUGUAUUCACAAUCCAAAGAGAUGAUUUCUCAACUUCCACAUUGACGAAUGGAACACAAUAAGAGUGGAUUGAUUUAUAAGAAACUGCAUUAUUGAUUAAUGGUUCCAAAUUUUUGCACAUUGUUGUUUGAGUAACAUAUGAUAUAUCUGUCCUUAGA